AUGAAAAAACCUCUAUUACUUGGAUUGUGUUGUGUUUUAUUUUGGUGUGAGGAAGUUCUUGCCGACAUUGAUAAUGAAGUCAAAAGAGGCGUAUUUCCAUUUUUGGCAGUCAUAUACUACCCAGACGACAGUGUGGUCGAUACAACGGGGGCUAGGUUCCAGCGGGCCGCAGUGUUGAUUCAACCUAAAUGGCUGAUCAGUUCAUCCAUCGACCACAGCGUGCUCGACAAUGUGCCUAUCGGCUUUCCCAGGAAGACACUGCUUGCCAGAGUUGGAGCUAUCACUCUUGAUGGCAACUACACGCUCAACGAAGAUGAGGAUGAACAAGAACGAGAGAUCAUCCAAGUAGUCCGCCCGAGUAUCCACAACGCUGAAGUAUGGUGGUUCACCGACAUCACGUUACUGCAGACUCUGUUGCCGUUUAAGAUGUCUUCAGCAGUAGCUGUCACGUCAAUCAACCCUAAACGAGAGUACAUUGACAAGAAUUGCGUUAUUCUCGUUUACGCUAAAAAGUAUUCCAACGGAACGGAAGACAAAACUCUGAUGCAACUGGGCGUAGAGCUGCUGCCUCCAUCGAUAGAAAAUUGUGGCACUCACUUCACUGACACGACGAUGACCUGUGCCGCCGACAGUGAGGAAACGAAGAAUACAGCGAUCGAUCCCGAGUUUUGCCAGGGCAAUAGUGGCGGCCCACUCAUGUGCGAAGGUGACGUAAUGGCUUUGCAAACAUACAUUGAAAACAAUUGUAAGCAACCUCAUUUAUAUCAACUUCUGGCUUCCUGGGAAAGCUUCAUUAGCUGUGGUACUCAAGAGAAGUGCAAUGUAGACCACCAGUGCAACAUCUGUACGGUGAUCAACAAAGAUCAACCUGCCGGCGAAACUGUGCCUCGUACGAGUCCGACAACAACAACAACGACUGAAGUAAUAUACACAACCACGCCAACAAUACCAGAAACGAAUGCUGAUGAAAUGGACUACACAACAUCGCCAAUAACUUACGAAACUGAUCACCAUGAAGAUCAGACACCACCCGAGACUUCCUCAACGGAAUCGCCAAUGACAGAAAUGACCACUCUUAUUGACAAGACGGAACCUCUUGAUAAUAAACCUAUACCUGCUAAUGCAACCAUCGAGUCUACCACAAAAGAAAGCGAGGGAAAAUCCUGGCCAAGUGAGAGAGUAGUUCAAAGUGGCAGAAAAAUGGAAGAUGACGUGGCUCGGAAAACAAAGGUGGAAGCUCAACAGCAGCAAGUCAAAACGACUACACAAGUUGCCAGCUUGCAACAUCACAGUGCCGCUGAAAGGAAAAUGAGUGCGAUCAAGAUUAUAUUGACGUCUAUUUUCGUUUUGGCAUGUUUUAUUUAA